AUAUAAGAGUGGCAGUUGGAAGCAGACGGUGGGUAACGGGUCAGAAGCGGUGUGAGAAAGCCGAGGAGCGAAGGCGGCUGGCGUUCUCAGCCGUACUUGGCCCGGACUUCUCGUCGUCAUGCUCCGAUGUGGCAGCGCCGCCGUGGCGGGGUUGGGGCAGAAGCUGGCACCUUUGGUACAGACUCUAAGCGUCCGUGGCCCGAAGCAGAAGAACCGGCUUCCAGGCACCCUGUUGCAGCUAUGGCAUACUCCUGUAAAAAUCCAGUUGACAAGACAGAUGACCAGCUCUAGUGCUUCAGGGAACAAAAUCGAUAAAUCGAUGUUAGCCAUUGUUGUGGGCUUAUCAACCAUGGGAGCUGGUGCAUAUGCCUAUAUGACUGUGAAAGAGGACCAAAAGAGAUACAAUGAAAGAAUGUCAGUAUUAGGACUGACCCCCGAAGAAAAACAGAGACGGGAUAGCUUAACGGCACCAGAGAGAGAGAUGGCUGCCCAACUCAGAGCGCCCACUCAUGCUCCUUUCCUGCUGAUUGGCGGAGGCACAGCAGCAUUUGCUGCCGCUAGAUCCAUUCGAGCUCGUGACCCUGGGGCCAGGGUCUUAAUUAUCUCAGAAGAUCCUGAACUACCAUACAUGCGCCCCCCUCUUUCAAAAGAGCUGUGGUUUUCAGAUGACCCAAAUGUUAUAAACACACUUCGCUUCAAACAGUGGAAUGGAAAAGAAAGGAGCAUUUAUUUCCAGCCACCCUCUUUCUACGUUUCUGCUCAGGACCUGCCUUACAUUGAGAAUGGUGGUGUAGCUGUCCUCACCGGCAAGAAGGUGGUACAGCUGGAUGUGAGGGACAACUUGGUGAGACUUAAUGACGGCUCUCAGAUAACUUUUGAAAAGUGCUUGAUUGCAACAGGAGGCACUCCAAGAAAUCUUUCAGCUAUUGAUAGGGCUGGACCAGAGGUAAAGAGUAGGACAACGCUUUUCAGAAAGAUUGGAGAUUUUAGAGCCUUAGAGAAGAUUUCAAGAGAGGUCAAGUCGAUUACAGUUAUUGGUGGAGGCUUCUUGGGUAGUGAACUGGCCUGUGCCCUUGGCAGAAAAGCUCGAAUUAUGGGCACAGAAGUUAUUCAGCUCUUCCCUGAGAAAGGAAAUAUGGGGAAGAUCCUCCCAGAGUACCUCAGCAACUGGACCACAGAAAAAGUCAGACGAGAGGGAGUUAACGUAAUGCCCAAUGCAGUCGUGCAGUCAGUAGGUGUCAAAAGUGGCAAGUUGCUUAUCACACUAAAAGAUGGAAGGAAGGUAGAAACUGAUCACAUUGUUGCAGCUGUGGGCUUGGAGCCCAAUGUUGAAUUGGCCAAGACCGGUGGCCUGGAAGUUGAUUCUGAUUUUGGGGGUUUCCGGGUAAACGCAGAGCUCCAGGCACGCUCUAACAUCUGGGUGGCAGGAGAUGCUGCGUGUUUCUAUGACAUCAAGUUAGGGCGGCGACGGGUAGAGCAUCAUGACCAUGCUGUUGUGAGUGGAAGAUUAGCAGGAGAAAAUAUGACCGGGGCUGCCAAACCAUACUGGCAUCAGUCAAUGUUCUGGAGCGAUCUGGGCCCCGAUGUUGGGUAUGAAGCUAUUGGUCUUGUGGAUGGUAGUUUGCCCACAGUUGGGGUUUUUGCCAAGGCUACUGCAAGAGACACACCAAAAUCAGCAACUGAACAAUCAGGGACUGGUAUCCGUUCAGAAAGUGAGACAGAGUCAGAGGCUUCUGACAUCGAGAUCCCUACCAGCGAUGAAGUGACCCCAGAGGACUCCGUUACAGGGGAGGACUUCGGCAAAGGUGUCAUCUUCUAUCUCAGGGACAAAGUUGUGGUGGGAAUCUUACUGUGGAACAUCUUUAACCGGAUGCCAAUAGCAAGAAAGAUCAUUAAAGAUGGAGAAGAACAUGAAGAUCUUAAUGAAGUAGCCAAACUCUUCAACAUCCACGAAGAUUGAAGUCUGAAAUAAGUGAAGAAGCAAGUGAAACUUGGGAAUAAGAAGCAAUGGACAGCAAUAGCAAGACAACACUUUAUAUCCAGUUUAAACCCCCCUCCCCAGGUUUUUUUUGUCCAUAUGUAGCCCAAGACUGUUGUAAAUGGUGUAGAAUCCUGAAAAACUCUGAAGUUAUUUGCACCUUGAAAUAAAGUUGGUCUCUUCUCAAUUUGUUAAUGUUCUGUUUUUAAAAAGAUAAAAAGAAAGAGGAAAGGAAGGGAAGGUGGGCAUACAGAUGAAAGCUUCCAUAGUAGCUCCUGGAAGAUUAUUGGGACCGACUCCAACUAUGGGUCUGGUCUUAUUCGAUUAGGUAGUUUGUUUAUGUAUUCAUUUUUGAUUGGCCAAAUCUGCCUUUUCACCUUCCCAUCCCAAUGACCCUUACCCUCCCGUUGGGAACCCAAGAAAAACAAAAGCCCAUUAUAAACACGGGAGAGUCGAUUUCCAUGUUGGCCAUAUAAAAAAAAAUUGUCUCACUCUGCCCUCUGAGCCAUUUAUUUACCUCUCAGGAGGUGAGUAGCAUCAUUAGUGCCCUGGAAUCAUGAUUGCUCAUUACACUGAUAAGAGUUCAGAGCAAAAAUAUUCUACCACAUUUAAAAGCCAUAACUUUAGCCAUUCUCUAUUUUGUGGAUACUCCCUCAGGUUCCCAUUUUUACCACCACAAAAAGGACUAAAUGUUUUUGUAUACCUUGAGUUUGUUUUGCACAGUACUAAUUUGCCCUUCCCUUUUCCCUUUGUCUUCUAUUUCUCUGUUAAGUGAAAUAAAUGUAUUUCUGUACUCAG